UGAUGAGCUGUGAAGGGGCGGGCUGACCUGACCGCGGAAGUGAUUUCUGCCCCCGAUCCCGGAUCAGCUGUCCCGGCGGCCCGCUCCAGUAAAACAUUAACCAGUAAGAGCGGCGGGCAUCAGCAAAGGUGCAUCUUAUGAGAAUAGCAUCCAGGUGUGCAGCAGCUUCCCGCAGUUUUAAGGCAGCAUGAACUCCCUCCAGAGAAGAGCCGCUCUUCUGCUGUGCAGACGCGGGGUGCGGAUGCCCGCCGCCCCCGCGGCUCAUCCCGCAGCAGACAGGGCCGCCCCGCACUGCCCGCAGGCUGUGCGGGUCUGCCACUACGGCACGAGCCACAAGGGCAGCAUGUACACCAAGAAACGGGGGUAUGACAUCACCCGAAACCCCCACCUGAACAAGGGAAUGGCAUUCACGCUGGAAGAGCGCCUACAACUGGGCAUCCAUGGCCUGCUGCCGCCCUGUUUCCUCUCCCAGGAUGUGCAAGUGCUGCGCGUCAUGAAGAGCUACGAGCCGCGCACCAACCCGCUGGACAAAUAUAUUCUGCUGAUGACGCUGCAGGACAGGAACGAGAAGCUCUUCUACCGCGUGCUGACCUCUGACAUUGAGGAGUUCAUGCCCAUUGUGUACACUCCCACUGUGGGCCUGGCCUGCCAGCAGUACGGACUGGCCUUCAGGAGACCGCGAGGACUCUUCAUCACCAUCCACGAUCGAGGACACAUUGCCACCAUGCUCAACUCCUGGCCCGUACAAGACAUCAGGGCCAUCGUCGUGACGGACGGGGAGCGAAUCCUCGGCCUAGGAGACCUGGGCAGCUAUGGGAUGGGGAUUCCAGUUGGGAAGCUGGCGCUGUACACAGCCUGUGGCGGCGUGCAGCCCCAGCAGUGCCUCCCUGUUCUCCUGGAUGUUGGUACUGACAACCAGGCGCUGCUGGAUGAUCCUCUGUACAUUGGUCUGAAGCACAAGAGGAUCAGAGGGAAGGAGUAUGACGAUCUGAUCGACGAGUUCAUGCAGGCUGUCACAGACAAGUAUGGGAUGAAUUGCCUUAUCCAGUUUGAGGAUUUUGCCAACAGCAACGCCUUUCGCAUACUUAACAAGUACAGGAAUCGCUACUGUACCUUCAAUGACGACAUCCAAGGCACGGCGUCUGUAGCUGUGGCCGGGAUCCUGGCUGCUCUAAAGAUCACCAAGAACAAACUGUCGGAGCACACUUUUGUUUUCCAGGGAGCAGGCGAGGCUGCUCUGGGUAUUGCACAUCUACUCAUUAUGGCAAUGGCCAAAGAAGGAGUGAGUCGAGAGGAGGCUGCCAAAAGGAUCUGGAUGGUGGACUCUAGAGGGCUCAUCGUAAAGGGAAGAGGCCACCUGAAUCACGAGAAGGCAGAGUUUGCUCAUGAUCACCCUCAUCUGAAGACUCUGGAGGAGGCGGUGCAAACCAUCAAGCCCUCUGCGAUCAUAGGAGUGGCUGCAGUCGGAGGAGCGUUCACGGAGAAGAUCAUCACAGACAUGGCAGCUUUCAACCAGCGACCGAUCAUCUUCGCACUCAGCAAUCCCACCAGCAAGGCAGAGUGCACGGCAGAGCAGUGCUACCAGCUCACAGAGGGGCGGGGCAUCUUCGCCAGUGGGAGUCCGUUCAGCAAGGUGACGCUGGCCGAUGGGCGGAGCUUCUACCCCGGACAGGGAAACAACGCCUAUGUAUUCCCCGGAGUGGCUCUGGGCGUCAUAGCCUGCGGAGUUCGCCACAUUUCUGACGAUAUCUUCCUCACCACCGCAGAGGCUAUCGCCGACAUGGUGACGGAGGAGCACCUGGCCGAGGGGAGGCUGUAUCCUCCUCUCAGCACCAUCAGAGAGGUGUCCUUCAAGAUCGCAGUGAAGAUCGUCAACUAUGCAUACAAACACAACAUCGCCUCGUUGUACCCUGAACCCAAAGACAAGGAGGCGUUCGUGCUGUCCCACAUCUACAGUCCCGAUUACGACUCCUUCACUCUGGACACGUACGGCUGGCCGCAGGAGGCCAUGAAGGUUCAGGACGUCUGAAGUCUUUGUUGCCGCUCACUUCCUGUGACGCCCAAACUCAUUCAAGUGAAGGUUUUUGUUUGUAAUGAAAGUUAGCACUAAGCUCCUGAAUUACAAUAUCAUUUUAUUUUCAUGUGUUGCAUUCAAGCUCCUCCUCUUAAGCUCUGUUUUUUUUUUUAAGUUUCCUAUGGAUUAUUUACAAACGUACAGGAACUUUUCAGAACCAAAUACACUCCUCCAGCAGCAGGUUCUCCUCGUGACUCCUGGUCUUUACACUCCUCCCUCCUUUCCUUUCUAUCAUGUGGUUCCAGCUUUGCUGUGAGAAUCAAAAAUAAAGGAAACUUUUGUUUCUCUAGGUCAGUGUUUCUCAAUUAUUUUCUCUCACGCCCCCCCAUGAAGAACUUAUUCUUUUGCGCGCCCCCUUCAACUUUCUGCUGCAAAUGUCAUCAGUAUCAUUAGUUAAUUUGCUCAAGUUAAACAAAUAUCUCUUCAAAAUAUUGCACAUUUAUUAUCAUUAAAUUGAAUAUUAAGUUUUGUCUCUUUCUCUCCUUUUCUUUUCAUCCUUGUUAAACAUUUUUCCAUCGCAAUUCUUGAGGUCUCUAUGUGGAUAUCACGAUAUCACGAUCACUGACAGUGUCCUCCAAUCAACUGUUUAGUAACUAACAGUUGCCAUCGCACCGCACCCCCCUGGGGGGAGCGCGCCCUACCAUUUGAGAAACACUGCUCUAAAGAGAUAAGAGUAACCGCCAUCAGGAGGGUUUUACAUUUGCCGUGUUUUAGUUUUCCGUACAUGUUUGGGGUGUUUUUUGUUUGUUUUUUUAGUGUACAACUGCGACUGGUGCUUCUGUGAGCUUUAAGUUUUCAAAGGGAUCAUGUAACUUUUUAAAUAAAACUCUGAACAGACUCUGA